GACCAGGUAUCUCUGAAGGUUGGUCCAGACUGUAGAUUAUCAGAUGAACUGCUAAAACCCCAGUCCCAAGAGUUGGAAAGGAUUUCAGACCUUAUCUAGUUCAACCGGAAUCUGAAGUAUUCCUUUGUCUCCCAUCCUGAGUUUUCUUAUCUGUAAAAUGUAAUCCCCACGCACAUCAAAAUGCUUCCCUGCUGUCUCACCCUAGGAUGGAGGGUGUUCUCCCAGGUGGAAAGGCAUCCAGCCUGGAUGGGUAGACUGUGUAGCCAGGGGUUGGAGUUUGGCCCCCAGUGUUGAAGAGUUUUUGGCCACAGGACCACACUCAUUCAAUUGCACUGAAUAAUUGUAUAGUAAGCAUCUACUGUGAGGCAGGCACUGAGACAAGAGUGUACAUGCCUUUGGGGGUGAGGGGAAAUGUGAGCAAAUGAAAACCUUUGGUCUCCCUGUGGCAGUACGAAGGAGGAGGGAAUUGUAAGCAAUGCCUGAGUUGGAGAACACCUCUGCGCCUCUAGUCCAACCCAGAGUGGCUGAGAAGUGGUUCAAAGAUGUAGAAGUGCUGGAAACCCACAAUGUGGAGGGGCGUCCCAUUUCACCUGGAGAGGUCCAGUUGUUUGGAAGCUUUUUCUGACUCAGAUGUUCCCAUUGCUCCUGGGACACAUGAGCCCUUUGGGACCAGACUGACCGGAGGAAGGAGCCUCGCACCGCGCGGACCUCUCUGCUGGUGGCGCCGCCAUGGGUGAGCUGGGCCCGGGCCUGGAGUUUCACACGUGGCACCACUUCAGUACCUUCUUUGAUGACUGGUGUGAGCGGCACAAGGUGCUGUUCAUCAUCGCCAGCCUCAAGCCCCUGAUCUCUCUGCGCCAGCCUCCGCUGCCCUACCUGCCCAGCCUGGCCACCACCCUGCGCUUCCGCUUUGUGCGCCUCAUCUGCAAGCACAGCGGUACCUAUGUGGGGCAGAGCGUUGUGCAGCGAGACCGGCAAAGCCAGAAGAUUGACUGUCCGGCCCUCAUCACCCUCCGCCUGGGCCCCAAGAAGGAUCGGCUGGUGGUGACGGAGGCCAGACUGCAGCAUAACCAUGAGUUCUCGCCCAGGGAGUUCUCCCGAUGCUUCAAGCGCCGCCAGCUGGAAGCCAGCCUGGGCCUGCCCAUUCGUAUCACCAACAGUGUCUCCAAGCGCUUUCUGGCCCCUGACCUUGUGUGGAACCUGGAAGACUACAGCCGGGCCAAGGAUAAAGGCAUGUGCAAGCUGCUUGGGGAGAUGCACACACUCUUCCGGGCUGACCCGGGGGCCAAGGUCAAGCUGGUCUUCCAGGAGGAUGUGGCCAUCCUCAACUCCAUCUUCUUGGCCACGUCUCACAUGCGCCAGCUGGCGCGCUCCUUCCCCCGCCUCCUUUUCCUGGACCAGGCGGCCAGCCUGCCUGGAGAUUUUGAGCUGUACUCCGUCCUUUGCCAGGAUGCCAAUGGGCGAGGCCGUGAGGUGGCCUACUGCCUUGCCCGCGGAGGCACGCCUGACUUGCUGGUCUUCAUCGUGGCCUCUUUGGUGCAGAGUGUCCCUGAGAUCAAGGCCCUGGUGGAGUGUCUUACCAUUGGUGUGUCCUGCCUCGCAGGUGUGGAUGCUGUAGAGGAGGUCUUGCCCCGCGCUCGAGUGCAGGUGUGUCGUGCUCAGGUCCUAGAGGUGCUGGGGCGUAGAGCCCGGCAGCUGGCUGUGGCUGGGGAGCGGCACGUUGUCAACCUCCUUCACAACCUGGCCAACGCAGCCUCCCCCAAGGUCUACAGCCAGUAUCUCAGUGACCUGGAAGAUGUGGCCCCUCUAGAGUUCCUCCGCUACUUUCUGGAGACCUGGCAUCCACACAAAGGCUCCUGGGUCGCCUGCUGGGCAUACCAUCGCGGGGAGAGCUGCCCCUUCGUGGACCACCUCGAGGCUCACAGGCAGAAGCUGUUACCUGCCCUGGCACGAGAUUCAUCUCUAGCGGGCUCUGUUCGGGGCCUGCUGGACCUUGAGAGCCUGCCCAUGGAACUUCAGGGGCUGCAGGCUGAAGAAGUGGCUGAGCGCUACCAGGCAGUAGGACCUGGGGAGGUGGCAGCCCUGGUGGCUGAGGAGCUAGCACUGGCCCGCCAUGGCGAGGGCAUCCAGCCGGCAGAAGGUGGGGGCUUUGUGCUGGAAGGGACAGGCCGGGGAGCCACCUUCACUGUGGGGGCCGACCUGGCCUCCUGUAGCUGCUCUAUUUUCACAGCCGGCCACCGGCCCUGCCGUCACAUCUUUGCUGCACGCCUUUGGGCAGGGAAGGCCCUCUUUGAUGUCAGCCUUCUGCCCCCUGCGGGUGGUGAUGAUGGGUAAGGCUCUUGCCUGGGACCAUGGUAGGGCCUCCCUUUUUGCUAGCUCCUACACUCGAGAGGGUAGAAGAGAACAUCAUGGGUUGGCCUUCUUCAUCCUAUUCCCCUGCCCCUCAGACCUGGACUGGCCUGGGAAGGAGGGGAGCCCAUCAGGCUGGUAGGGUGGGUGCCUGCCACAGGAACAAGAGAACACGAGGGGCAGUUUUGUAUGAUUCCUGGCAAGAAUAAAACACAUUCUGUGGGGUGUUCUACCUCCCACAAGCUGGGACACUUUUUUGAGGAAAGGGGUGGUUGGAUACUGGGCAUGAAAGUGCAUUUUCUUACCUGUGAAAGAUGUGGUGGGGGUGAGGUUGCAGUAGAUGAUCCUGAGGGCCCCUCUCAGCUCUAACAUCCUUUUUGGUGUCAGAGAACCCCACAAGAAGGCUCUCCCCCAUUGGGUCCAGCUUCCCUGGUACUGACGUUCAUUCUGUUACUUGACUCAGUGAAUCCAGCAUGCAUUUUAUAAACACUUGCUGUGUGAGGGCCAUGUGCUUGGUGACGCCAGGAGAGUUUGGAUACUGUGGCUGCUCUCCUGCAGGUCAUAGACUAGCGGGAAGAUGAGUGACAGGCGGGUAACAGACAUGGCAUUAUGGAGUCUGUCGGGUGCCGAGCAAAGGCCUUUCCUGCUGGGCAGAGGGAGGAGGGGUCAUGGAAAGCCUCUUAGAGGAGAGGGCGUUAUUGGAGCUGGUCACUGAGGGAUGGGCGGGAGUGGAAGGUGGAGAGGAAAGGCCAGCGGGCCAGGGCCCUGUGCUGAGACUGACCUGGCCUCCACCUUCCGGCCUGGAAUGUCUCCUGGGCCCUGACUAACUCUUACAGUCUGGAUUUAGAGACAGGAGAUGCCUUCAAGGACAUGUAGCUUAAUCCCCACGUUGCUGAUGAGGCAACUGAGGCACUCCCCGCCCCCCUGCCCCAGUUCAACGACUUACCCAAGGUCAUUGUAACUGGGGAGUGUCAGACUCAGAAUGUGAACCCAGGUCUUUCAGACUUCCAGGUCCAAUACACUUUUUACUACCUAAUUGCUUGA